AAUAUAGUUUAGUAAUUGAAAUUGAAACCGGAUGCCAAAAAAGUAAGUAAAAGGCAAGGAAGGAAUAAACACUCCAACCGUUUAUUAAGACAAGUAAUUACUCAUUUAAUGCAAACGCAAAGUCCCACUAUGCAAGAACCGUCGAUAUCAAUAUGACGAAAACAGUUUGAUAAGAUAACCAAUCAUCAAUGAGUGUAGUGAAUUUCCCACACGAAUAGAAAUGCAACAUUAUUCGGUGACUAAAUAUCCACACUGCUUAGUGCUUAUCAGUUAGCGGGUUUCGAGCAGCUUGUUUCUCUUACUCGCUAAUUGUGAUUGUAGUUCGCGUUCGUAAUGGCAAACGAUCAGUACCGCAAUUCAUUAGGUCUGGCCCAGCCCAAAAAUCGGCCCAAAAAGUUACUGGAUGGAUUUAGCAAUCGGAAAAGUUUUUCGAAAAAAGCUGUUCCAGAAAAUCACCGAAGCUCCCGAGAGGCUAGGUCGGAAUUCGGAUCUUCGCCGUCAUCGAGCAUCAACCUCAAAGAGCAGUUUCUCUAUUUACAAAACCAGCACCAGGAGCUGUUUGAGGAAUACAGUGUCUUGAAGCAGAAAUACCGAGCCCUGCAGGAAAACUAUGAGAGGUUGAAGGCCGAGCACUCUACACUGGAAGACGACUACAAUACAUUGAAAAGUGAUUACAAGAACCUAGAAGAAUCGCACAAGCCAUUCAACGUGCGGAAGAUUCUGCAGCUGAAGUUCAAGAAGCGUGCCGAUAAGGAGUCACUAGAGAAGCGGAAUAUUAUACAGAAUAUUCAAAUUUCAGACGAAGCAUGCUUCAACACCUACUUGGAGGAUGUGAUCAAGAGCGAUACGCUACGCAUUCCCAGGAUUGUGGUGGAAUGUGUGACGAUCGUCGAGUCUAGCGACAAGUUCAUGAAAUCACCCGGGCUGUACAGGGUGUCGGGUAACCACAACACCAUACAGAACCUUCGGUACGACAUCAACUCCGACAACUACAAGAAGCUGCGGAAGCAGAAAACACCCCAUGAGGUUUGUGGUGUACUGAAGCUGUUCCUGAGGGAGUUGAAGGUACCGAUUGUUUCGUUGGCGUUGCUAAAUCAGAUCAUACCCGGGCCGUCGGAUAUGAUUCACUCGAGAACGAUCAAAGUGUUAGAGCUGGUAAAUUCGCUGGAUGAGCUGAGGAGAAAUACGCUAAGAUUUUUGAUGCAGCAUCUCAAGAAGGUGGCCGACGUUGAGGAAAACGAAAUGGACUCGACCAGCCUUGGGAUCCUGAUGAGCUCGUGCAUCUUCAACGAGACCCUGUCCGAUGUGUGCCCGCAGCGGUUCGAAGCGACAAGCGCCGUACCGCGGGAAUGCACCCGCACGAUGAUCGAAUGUUAUGAAGAAAUUUUUGUGCUUUGAAAUCGUAGGGGUUUUAUUUGCAUUCAAUAAACUGUUUCCAUGUCA